AUGUGGAAGGAGGGCUCUGGUUUUGAGGUUUUGGUCAAUUCCCUCCUUUCCGAUACUGGAGAAGGGGUCGUGCGUGGGGGGGAGGCACAACGGGAGAUAGCUGAGGAGUUAAAGUGUUGUGUUCCAGUGGGGUUGCUCCCCGGGGGGAAUCUACCAUGCAAGCCCUUAUCGACAAACAUCCCUUCGCACCGCCCCGGAACUCCUCUUUCACAACCUGCGUUAUCCGUGGAUGAAGACUGCGUGCACAGGUGUGUGAAAUCUUUCCCGAAAGGGACAUCUUGUGGGCGAGAUGGCCUACGGGCCCAACACCUGUUGGACGCUCUUAGCGGCGAGGGGUUGGCCACGGCCUCAGGACUGCUUACUGCCAUCACUGAAGUGGUAAACCUUUGGCUAGAGGGGUUAUGUCCUAAGGUGCUCGCGGAUUUUGUUGCUUCGGCGCCCCUAACCCCUUUGUUGAAGCCUGAUAAUGGGAUUCGCCCCAUUGCUGUGGGGGCAAUUUGGAGAAGAUUAGUCUCCAAAGUAGCAAUGAAGAAAGUUGGGAAAGAAGCUGUUAAGUACUUGGGGGACUAUCAAUUUGGGGUGGGGGUCCCCAAUGGGGCGGAGGCGGUGCUGCACAGCGCUAACAGGUUUCUUAAUUCUUUUCAUUCGGAUGGUUCGCUGGCCAUGCUUACGGUUGAUUUUUCCAACGCUUUCAACUUAGUUGACUGUUCAGUUUUGCUUCGCGAGGUCCAUCGCCAUUGCCCCUCCAUAUUCCCAUGGGUUCAAUUUCUAUAUGCUCAGCCUGCUAGGCUAUACGUGGGGAAUGACCGCAUCGGUGCAUUCACGGGUGUGCAGCAAGGGGAUCCAUUGGGACCUUUGCUUUUUGCCCUAGCCUUACACCCCUUAGUGCUUCAGGUUGCUAAAGCUCUCGACAUCAUCGGUUCGGAGGGUCCAGCCUUGGGGCUACGACUUAAUAUUAGAAAAACUGAAGUAUUUUGGCCGACAUGCAACGGGGUGAAGGUCCGGCCAGGGCUUUUCCCCAGUGAGAUUGGGAGGCCGGAGAAAGGUGUCAAACUGCUAGGAGGGGCAGUCAGCCGUGAUGCCAGUUUUAUUAGUGGUCUAGCGUCUAAGAGGGCAACUCGUGCUGUUGACAUUAUGGGACACCUUCCCUUGUUGUGGGAUCCUCAAAGCGAACACCUCUUACUUAGAUCUUGUAUGGGGGUUGCAAAGUUGCUAUUUGGUCUUCGGGAGGCAAUAGAAGACAUUGUCGUAUGUGGGGGUCCUUUUUUUGGUGAUCUACAGUGGCGAAUCGUAACCUUGCCAAUGAGGCUUGGUGGGUUGGGCCUUCUCUCGGCCCGGGAUGUGGCUGCCUAUGCCUUUGUGGCUUCCAGGUCUCAAUCUUGGGAGUUGCAGGACCACAUCUUACGUAACAGUAGGGUUGCUAACACUGAUCCGGAUUAUGCCAGCGCCUUGGAACGCUUGCAUGAAUCUCUACCUGACUUUGAUCUCGGCGGUUUCUCUAACAAGGACACCGCCCCCAAAAAGCCACAGAAAACUUUGGCGAAUGCCCUUUGUUGUCGAAUCGCACAAAGUUUGGGAGAAGAUUUCCAUUUGUCACCCUGCCAGAAAGCCGUCAUUGAAUGCCUAUAG